AUGCGCGUACAAUGGUCGCUUUUUCUACUUGGUGCCUUUUGUUGGACCAUCGUCGACAACAUGAGCAGCCCUCCAGCUGAUCAAGAUCAUCUACAAAAAGAAGAACAAGACUGGAGAACUUGGGCAAUCGGCCGUUUAUGGGAGGAGAGGGAAAGAAUUGGACACACACCGCUCAUCAAAUAUCCCGUGCGAGGUCUGCCGUUUCUUCAGCUCUAUUUGAAGGAUGAGAGCGCUACUCCGACUCGAUCACUCAAACAUCGAUUCGCGUGGGCUCUGGCGUUGUGGUCGGUUGUCGAGGGUUUGGUAACACGAAACUCGAGUACCUAUGAGUCCUCGUCGGGAAACACGGCCGCAGCCGAAGCUUACAUGUAUUCGGCUAUUGGGAUCCCGUUUUAUGCGGUGGUGUCGCGUAAUCUCGAACAGGCAAAGAUUGACAACAUUCUCGGGAACAACGGCCAACUAAUUAAGACUGACGAUAGUACACGAGGCCAAUUAGCUAAAGAAACGGCUGCGCGUACCGGCGGCUUUUAUGUGGAUCAACACGGAAACGCCGAAAAAGCGGAGGAUUUCACGGAAAGUGGUGGCUAUGGGCAUGAGAGUGGGAACGUCUUUCACGAGGUUUUAGCGCAGUUGAGAGACGAUCCCGAGAUUCCGCGAAAAGCUGUUGAUUACUUUGUGCACUGUGCUGGCACAGGCGGUACGAUCACCUCGGUAGGCCGUUAUGUAGACCGCUACAAUUUGCCAACAAAAGUCGUUUUGGUCGACACCGAGUUCUCGGUCUACUAUGACUAUGUGCUGAAGAACGGCCACAAAAUCGAGACAAGUCCAACACCGUCUACACCACCGGGAGUGCCCGGUGUCGGCUAUCCGGCCGAAGCGGCACCAGCGAUCUUCGGAAACACAACAAGUUUGGCCUCCGCUGUGAUUGAUGAGGUCAUGAAAAUUCCCGACAUUGCGACAGCAGCUGGGUUUCGUGAGUUUCACGCAAGAGGUCUUCGAGGUGGGCCGAGUUCGGCUAUGAACAUGUUGGGGGCUCUUGAAAUCGCUCUCAAAAACGCGAAAUCACGACGAGAGAUCUCAAUAGUGACCUUGUUGAAUGAUCCGGCUGAAUUCUAUCAAAACGACUACUUCAACGACACUUGGAUUAAUACGGCUUUCGCGGACUGUGGAGGAUUAAAAGCUUUGGAUUGUUGGAGGAGAGUGAUCGCCUCCACACUUGAUCGAGGCACUCCAUUCAUCGAGAAUGGCAUGAAAGAUUGCAAGUCAAAU